UAAGCUUUAGCUGCAAAAGUUUGCGAGUCUCGGUCUUAUGUCGAUGAAUAUUUCAUCAGGUCGUCAAAAGAGGGGUUUUUACACAAGCCUACAGUAAGGACGCACAAAAUCCAAUUCCAAUUGGAAUCGAUAACAAUCGAUGAUCGGGAUUAGCAUGCACACUCAUCGUCGGUAGCUAGGAAUUCAAUUACAUAUGGCCGGGACGUGAUUCGGUGGCCGUUGGGAACAACAGGAAGUUAUAUAAACGGUGGCGAUGAAGACGAAUAUAAAGCAGUUUCGUAAGGCCAAGGUAGGCACCGAAGAUGAUGAAGAGCACAAAGUCAUGUUAUCAUCAGCCGAUUUAACUUCUCACGACGAUAUUUUGACGGAAAUCUUGCUACGAUUACCUAUUCGAUCACUCCUCCGAUCAAAAUGCGUGUCUAAACAUUGGCGUUUACUCAUUUCAAACCAUCGUUUCGCUCAGCUUCGAAACCCUAACCCUAAUACUCCUUGCGGUUUGUUUCUUCAACGAAUUGGUAAUGCUACUCCGGAGUAUGACUUCGUUCCGUUGGAUCGUGAAAAACAUGUUAAACCUCCUUUCAAAACCCUGAAUUUCCAUGGGAAUGUAUCUAAUUCAGGUAUAAUUGCUCUGCAUUCUUCCAAUGGUUUAAUGCUCUGUCACAGCUUGCAUGAAUAUUUUCGCAACACUUCAAAAGAAAUUGUGUACCAUGCUAUGUAUUACGUUUACAAUCCAACAAUCAAUCAAGUCGCCACCCUUCCGAAACUUGAAGGCUGUGAUUGGUUUCAAAGGCGACCUUGUGGUAUGACAUUAGCUUUUGAUCCUGUGAAAUCUCCUCACUAUAAAGUGAUAUGUGUUCGUGGAUAUCUAUGGAGUGAUCAUCUUUACAGUAUUGAGAUUUACUCAUCAGAAAACAGGAGUUGGAAGAUGUCUGGAAAACCUUUCGCCAAUCAGAUUGAUACAGAGUUUACAGGUGGAGUUUAUUGGAAUGAUGCAGUUCACUGGAUCAACAAGAAAGGGUAUAUCUUCUAUCUAAAGAUCAAUGAGGAUCUCCUAGAUCAAAUUCCUACUCCUACUGUUCGUGCUGGCUGGAAUGUUAAGAGGCAUUGUUACCCUCUAGUCGAAUCCCGUGAUGGCUUGCUGUUCAUUGACAUAUUUCCUCCAUUGAGUUUCAAGUUUGAUGUUCAUGAGAUGAAUAGAGACUAUUCAGGGUGGACAGUGAAGUACCAUGUUGAUCUUAAUGAAGUAAUGACCAAAUUCCCACAAACGAGUGAGAUGACAUCAUUGAAUCUCCUUACUUUUUUCAGACCCUUUCAGUCGUUUGUAAUACAUUGUCUUAUUUUGGGAGAAAAAGAAGAAGAUGCGUUCUUGGUGUUGGAAGUCCCUGGGAAGGCUAUAAGAUACAAUAUAGUGUUAAAGACUUGUGAGGAGCUUUGUGAUUUUGAAUUAUCUCGGCCUUUCAGAUUAUCUGUUGCAGAUGAUGGCUUUUCAAAAGUAGGCAGAUGGCCAGGUGCUUUUCAAUUCUGCGAGUCUCUUUCUCAUGUCUAAUAGUCUUUCUUUUAGCUUUGCCUUGGCUUACUUAAAGUAGUUGUUAUCUAGUGAGUUUUCUGUUCACCCAUCUUCUCUUUCUCUCUUACAUGUUCUAUAUAAAUAGUUUAAAGUUUCAGUCUCUUUGUAGAGUCUUGUUAUGUUUCUACAAGUUUCAUUAGGGUCAUCGUUUAUUAUAUAGCAAAAUAUGCUUCUUGUUUAA